GUUCAUGGUUUACAGUUUCUGUGUCAUAUGACAGCAAACUUUUCUGAAUCUUUCUUGUUUGGAAAUUCAGAAAAAAAGUUUUUUGAUUCAGAACGACUUUUGGUGCCAGCUCUUAUUAGCUUUGUUCAACCAUUCUUUUAUGUAAGCUCCUGAAGCUGAACAUAUAUGGGUUCAGGUUAAAUGAAUGUGAAGGUCAUUUUCAGAGUUGUGAAGAGAUCUCAACAUGGGCCUUUUGGAGCUCUUCAUCACUGCAUCAAUUCCGGUGUUGAAAACGCUAUUGUUAACCGCACUAGGGUCUUAUCUUGCCCUAGAAAGCGUUGAUAUCUUGGGGGAAGAUGCUAGGAAGCAUUUAAAUACUGUAGUAUUUUAUGUAUUCAAUCCAGCCCUUGUGUCCACCAACCUUGCUAAAACAAUAACAAGCGAGAGCAUGCUUAAGUUGUGGUUCAUGCCAAUCAAUAUCCUCAUCACAUUUAUUAUUGGCUCAGUUCUUGGAUGGAUUCUUGUCAUAAUUACAAGAACCCCUCCACACCUGAGAGGUCUUGUAGUGGGUUGUUGUGCUGCAGGAAAUUUGGGGAACAUUCUUCUCAUUAUGAUCCCAGCUAUUUGCAAAGAAAAAGGAGGGCCAUUUGGAGCUCCUGAUGUCUGUCAUACGUAUGGAAUGGCUUAUGUUUCACUUUCAAUGGCGAUAGGAGCCAUUUAUUUGUGGUCUUACGUGUAUAACAUUGUUCGGCUAUCUUCAAGGAGAAUCACCAGAGAAUCCAGAGGAAAGGACAUCUCUAGAGAAUCCUCCACCUCAGACCUGGGGAGUUGCACGGAGCCACUACUUUCUUCCACCAAGGAAUACUCGAUAUGUGAGGUCCCCAAGGAGUACUCGAUAACUGAGGACCAUGAAGAGCAACAUUCACUGCCCUGCGCUAGAACUGUAACGAAAUCUGAGGUUGCAAUUGCAGAUAAAAUAAAGCAAAAGUUAACAAAGCUAUUUAAAAAGAUUAAUCUGAAGGCAAUAUUUGCACCUUCAACAACUGGAGCGAUUGUUGGGUUCACAAUUGGACUCAUCCCUGAGAUCCGAAAGUUAUUCAUUGGUGAAGUUGCCCCUCUUCGUGUGAUCCAAGACUCUGCUUCCUUGUUGAGUGAUGGAGCCAUCCCAGCUCUCACUCUAAUAGUAGGUGGAAAUCUUCUCAGAGGUUUGCAUGGGUCAGGAAUUAGUAAAUCCCUCAUCUUUGGCAUUGUAGUUGUUCGUUAUAUAGCUCUGCCUCUGACAGGGAUUCUCAUCAUUAGAGGUGCACAUCGAAUUGGUUUGGUGCAUUCUGAUCCAUUGUAUCAGUUUAUUCUUCUGCUCCAAUAUGCAGUCCCUCCUGCUAUGAACAUAGGAGUUAUCACUCAAUUGUUUGGAACCGGAGAGAGUGAAUGUUCUGUAAUCCUGCUGUGGACUUAUUCCUUGGCUUCAGUGUCACUUACUGUUUGGUCAACCUUCUUCAUGUGGCUUGUGUCUUGAAUCUCACAGCUUUCAUUAAAAUGACUUCCACAUCCAGGAAUUGCAGAUUUGCAGCAGAUUUUUAAUUCAGAGAGACAGCUGCGUGUAGCUCAAAGAAGAUUUGAUUGACACACCUUGUAGUUCCACAAAAUUUUGAAAGUAUUGUCUCAUACAGUAUUUGAUAUUCACAUUCAAUUAAUCUAUUUUGAGUAUAGAAGAAAAAAAAGUCAAGAGAAAGUUAAGUAUA